UGGGAGGGGAGAGGGGCUGCGGGUGCGGGAGAGGACCCCAAAUCCUGCUCAAGCUCUCACCACCGCCAGGCUGUUUUCUAGCGGAGGUUGUGCCCGGGGGAGACAGGAUCACGGGGGAAGGCUCGGGCCAGGCUCUAGAGGAGGCGACCCCGGAGUCGAGGUAGCUGGCACUGGGAAGGGGUUUCCGGGACGCCCCCAAAGUGAGUUCAGCUGGGAGAAGAAACUGCGGGCACCUCGGGCGCUCCAAGCGGAGAGGAAGUUGGGCGGGAGCAAACUUUCUUGGAAGGUUGAGACCAAACUCUGAGGGGGCAGCGAGGGGCCGCGUGCAGAGGGAGGAGUUGUCAGUGCGGCGGGAGGGCGCGGGGCGCACGGCGCGGGCGGGCCGCGGAGGGGCCUGGGCGCAAGGCGGAGCCCGGGCGCGCCGCCAGGCUAGUGGGGGGCCCCGGCGGGCCGCAGAUUCCCUCUGGCUCCCGGAGCCGCGGCAGGACCGGCCAGGAGGCGCCAUGGAGGGGAGCCCCAUCCCGGUGCUGACGGUGCCCACGGCGCCCUAUGAGGACCAGCGGCCGGCCGGCGGCGGGGGGCUGAGGAGGCCCACCGGCCUUUUCGAGGGCCAGCGCAACUACCUGCCCAACUUCAUCCAGAGCGUUCUGUCGUCCAUAGACCUGCGCGACCGCCAGGGCUGCACCAUGGUGGUGGGCAGCGACGGCAGGUACUUCAGCAGGACGGCCACGGAAAUCGUGGUGCAGAUGGCUGCGGCCAACGGGAUUGGUCGACUGAUUAUUGGACAGAAUGGCAUCUUGUCGACACCUGCUGUUUCCUGCAUUAUCAGAAAGAUCAAAGCCACUGGUGGAAUCAUCCUAACAGCCAGCCACUGCCCUGGAGGACCUGGGGGAGAGUUUGGAGUGAAGUUUAAUGUUGCCAAUGGAGGUCCUGCGCCAGAUGCUGUGUCAGACAAAAUCUACCAGAUCAGCAAAACAAUCGAGGAAUACGCCAUAUGCCCUGAUCUUCGAAUUGACCUAUCUCGACUAGGAAGACAAGAAUUUGACCUGGAGAACAAAUUCAAACCGUUCAGAGUGGAGAUUGUGGACCCAGUGGAUAUCUAUCUCAACCUCCUUCGGACCAUCUUUGACUUUAACGCCAUCAAGAGUUUGCUGACUGGGCCCGGCCAACUGAAGAUCCGGGUUGACGCAAUGCACGGAGUUAUGGGACCCUAUGUGAGAAAAGUUCUGUGUGAUGAGCUGGGGGCCCCAGCCAAUUCUGCAAUCAACUGUGUUCCCCUGGAAGAUUUUGGAGGGCAGCAUCCUGACCCCAACUUGACAUAUGCAACGACCCUUCUGGAAGCUAUGAAAGGAGGGGAAUACGGCUUUGGAGCUGCAUUUGAUGCUGAUGGGGACCGUUAUAUGAUCCUAGGCCAAAAUGGCUUCUUCGUGAGCCCUUCCGACUCCCUGGCCAUUAUUGCCGCCAACCUCUCUUGCAUUCCAUAUUUCCGUCAGAUGGGGGUCCGCGGGUUUGGGAGGAGUAUGCCCACCAGCACAGCCCUCGACAGAGUGGCCAAAUCAAUGAAGGUUCCAGUGUAUGAGACCCCAGCUGGAUGGCGAUUCUUCUCAAAUCUGAUGGACUCGGGACGGUGCUCUCUGUGUGGAGAAGAAAGCUUUGGCACUGGCUCUGAUCACCUCCGGGAGAAAGACGGCCUCUGGGCUGUCUUGGUCUGGCUCUCCAUUAUCGCUGCCCGGAAGCAGAGUGUGGAGGAAAUUGUCCGAGAUCACUGGGCCAAAUUUGGCCGCCACUACUAUUGCAGGUUUGACUAUGAGGGGUUAGAGCCCAAGACGACGUACUACAUCAUGAGGGACCUGGAGGCCUUGGUCACAGACAAGUCCUUCAUCGGCCAGCAGUUUGCAGUGGGGAGCCAUGUCUACAGUGUGGCAAAGACAGACAGCUUUGAAUACGUGGACCCCGUGGACGGCACCGUGACCAAGAAACAGGGCCUGAGGAUCAUUUUCUCCGACGCAUCGCGGCUCAUCUUCCGGCUUAGUUCCUCCAGCGGCGUGCGGGCCACCAUCAGACUGUAUGCAGAAAGCUACGAGAGGGACCCCAGCGGCCACGACCGGGAGCCCCAGGCGGUGCUCAGCCCUCUCAUUGCCAUCGCGCUGAAAAUAUCCCAGAUUCACGAGCGAACCGGCCGGAGGGGCCCCACUGUCAUCACCUGAGCGGAGGGAAGACCACUCAGCAGGGCCAAAAGAGUGUGCUCGGCGGGAGACACUUCACUCAUGCCUUCUUGCUACCUGUUUGUGCCUCUUAUGACUUUGAAAAACACCAAAUGAUGAUUUGCUUGGAGGGGGGAGGGUGGGAUGGGGGAGUAGAUGGGAAAAGAAAAAAAAAAUCUGUUUGGGUUUUAGUCUGUUUCAACAAAUGCAACAGAGUCUUCGCUGGUGUGUUAGAGCUGCACUAUCGUUUGGCACUUGUGUUUGAUCACACGAGGGAACCUGCCCUUUUGAGAAGAGAAUAAGUGGGCUGAGAACUCUGGUCAUGGCAUCUGUGCAUCAUUGGUGCCAAGUGAGAGGAGCUUCUGGAAUAACCGAGGAGCAUGCAGUGCCAGAAGCCAGCUGACCCUAAGCCCCAGGUGCCCCUGGGCAGACCUAAGAAGACUUUCCUCAGCAGGGGGACAAUUUAACUUUUCAUCCCAGGUCAGGUCUCCCACGGGCAAAAGUUGUUGAACUCCUCAUAGCCCACUUCAUGCCCAGCAGCCACCUGGCAGCCCACUCACCCUCCUUCCCAUCUCCAAAGUCCCUGUGCCUCCUCUUCACGCGUCUUCUAGAGCUUUCUACACAUCACCAUGGCACACUUUCAACAAAGCAUAGCAAAGGGUGUUUUUCUGUCUCGGUCGUAAAUAAUUUUAGCUGUUAAGCUGGCUGCGUUCCUUCAAAUUCAGCCAUUCAUUAUGCAGGUGGGAGGUCAUUUCUUGGCAGGACUCUGCCAGUGAAUGCUUACCAUUUUCAGGCCGAUCCACCAUUCUAUUACCCGGGUGGACACAUGGGUUAAUCCUAAUUCCUGCUGAGAAGACAAAAUACCACCAUGUGUGCCAUCUCCCUGACUUCCUCUCUCUGCUGUCUUAUCUCCCAGUAAGGGCUUGUUUUCAUGCACUUGUUUGGACACAGUUCAGAUCUUACUCACCAUGGCUGUAAAGGAGACAGCAAAAUGCUGUAAAAAGAGAAGAUGAAGUGGAUGCUGGAAGAAAACCUUACUGGCAGCACUGUUAUGGGCCUGAUGAGAUGGAGAUGGUGGUGAGGUCCUCUACAAGAAAGCAGAGGGUCACCACUGGCUUUCUUUACCCAGAAAAAGGCUACUGCAGCUCUGGCAGCCCUAUCAGAACUCAGCCAGAACCCUCGGUGCACGGGACCUGUUUGCAUAUGUUUUGCUUCCUUGGGAACGACACUCACUUAUCACGUCAUUUGCACAGAUGAUGUGGUGUGCUUUGACUGUUGAGCAAUGCGUUAUGGCUGUAGUCAAGAUUAGUGCAAGCCCGGAAACAUUCCCAGCAAGGUAUUUGUUUCCAUUUUCUAUCUAUGCUUCCAGAAACUUGCUAGGUCCUUUAGUAUCCAAUAAAACAAAGGAAUUCCUGAUUUCAAUCUUA